AUGUCCUACCCGGGCCAGGGCUAUAACGGUUCCAGCAACCAUUCAGGCGGUCGUCACAGCCAGGGUUACCAGCAAGGGGGCUAUGGAGGAUAUGCGCCUCCUGCUGGCCCUCCCCCCGGCGCUUACCAACAGCAUGGCUACGCUCCUCCUCCCGGUCCUCCCCCGUCCGGAGGCGGCUAUGGAGGAUAUGCCCCUCCCUCCGGCCCCCCUCCCGGUUACGGCAACCGUCCCGCAUACGGUGGUGGCGGCAGCAGCGGCCGGUACGAUGAAGAUCUCGCAUAUGGGAAGCUGCCACCGCAGCAAGGCUCGUACGGACAGCCUCAGGGCGGACACAAUGGCGGCGGAUACAGUCGUGGAGGACGGGGUGGUGCGCCGCCGCCGUCGGCGCCGCAGAACUUCGGCCACGGUGCCCCCCCGGGCUACCAGUUCAAGUACUCGAGAUGUACGGGAACGCGCAAGGCCUUGCUGAUUGGCAUCAACUACAUUGGCCAGAAGGGCGAGCUGAGAGGUUGUAUCAACGACGUUCACAAUGUCAUGAACUUCCUCAUCCAGCAGUACCACUACAAAAAGGAGGACAUGGUCAUCCUCACCGAUGACCAGCGCAACCCUGUCAUGCAGCCUACCAAGGCCAACAUCUUCCGCGCGAUUCAGUGGCUCGUCAAAGAUGCUGACAGCGACGAUUCACUGUUCCUCCACUACUCCGGCCACGGUGGUCAAGCAAAGGACCUGGAGGGCGAGGAAGACGACGGUUACGACGAGGUCAUCUAUCCUGUGGACUACCAGACAGCCGGUCACAUUGUUGACGAUGAGCUCCACAUGAGGGUGGUGCGCCCCCUGCGCGCGGGUGUGCGUCUGACUGCAAUCUUUGACUCGUGUCACUCGGCCACGGUCCUGGAUCUGCCCUACGUCUAUUCCACCAAAGGUGUCCUCAAGGAGCCCAACUUGGCCAAGGAGGCCGGCGAGGGUCUCCUGGGAGCGCUCUCAUCGUACGCUCAGGGAGACCUCGGUGGUGUCGCCAAGUCUGUCUUCAGCUUCGCCAAAUCCGCGUACAAGGGAGACUCAGCCUUCAAGAAGACCAAGGAUACGAGGACGUCACCGGCCGAUGUCGUCAUGUGGUCGGGCAGCAAGGAUGAUCAGACUUCCGCCGACGCCACAAUUGACAGCCGGGCGACGGGCGCCAUGUCUUACGCCUUCAUCAAGGCGCUCAAGGCCAACCCGCAACAGAGCUAUGUCGAGCUACUCAACAGCAUUCGCGAUAUCCUCGAGAAGGGAUACUCGCAGAAGCCGCAGCUGUCGAGCAGUCACCCCAUAGACACGGACCUGCUCUUUAUAAUGUAG